UGAAAAGGCGGUGCGGCCUGUGAUCAUGGCGCUGUUCCCCGCCUUUGCGAGUGUUAGUGAGGCGCCCGAGAGUGGGAGCCCCAGGAAAGAAUUAGACUGGCUGAGCAACCCAAGCUUUUGUGUUGGAACCGUAACAUCUCUGAGCCAACAAACUGAAGAGGCCACAGCCUUUGUUUCUGAAGAGUCGCUACUGACCAGGAGUCCUCUGAAUUCAGAGCCUUUAGAUGAAAGUGACACUAACAGAAAGCCCAAACAAACAAGCAGAAAAAAGAAGAAAGAGAAAAAGAAGAAAAGGAAGCAUCAGCACCACAAGAAAACCAAGAGAAAACGUGGGCAGUCAAGUAGCAGUGGAUCUGAGUCAUAUACUGAUUCUGAAAAGGACAGAUCUUCCAGAAGCAUCAGAGACAGUAAAAAGGAAUCAGAGAAACCAAAUCAAGAAAAUAAUGCCACUGCUGAUAUUGGACGUCACUUUGUUUGGCUUGAGGACAUUCAGGCUCUGACGGGAGAAACCUUCAGAACAGAUAAGAAGCCGGAUCCUGCAAACUGGGAGUAUAAGUCUCUUUACCGAGGAGAUGUAGCAAGAUACAAGAGGAAAGGAGACUCCUGCCUUGGCAUUAACCCUAAGAAGCAGUGUAUAUCUUGGGAGGGGACUUCCACAGAAAAGAAGCGGUCACACAAGCAUGUCGAGCGCUACUUUACAAAGAAGAGUGUGGGAUUAAUGAACGUUGACGGAGUUGCCAUUAGCAGUAAAACUGAGCCUGCCUCAUCGGAGUCGAUCUCAUUUAUCCCAGUGAAGGGUGCAGAGGACGUGGUUGCCCCUGUUACAACCUGGUUGAACCCUCUGGGGAUUUAUGAUGAAGCCACCACACAGUGGUUACAAGGCCGGGGUCCUUCAGGGCAAGAAUCCAAGCAGCCAGAUUCACAGCCCAACAGAGAGAACGUGCUUCUCAAGGCCAAGGUGGAGGAGUUUAACAGGAGGGUAUGGGAGAAUCCUCGGGAUGUUCAGCUGUGGAUGGCAUUUGUUGCUUUUCAGGACGAGGUCAUGAGAAGUCCGGGCCUGUACGCCAUUGAGGAAGGAGAGCAGGAAAAGCGGAAGCGGUCCCUGAGGCUGGUUCUGGAGAAGAAGCUGGCCAUUCUGGAGCGGGCCGUGGAAAGCAACCCGAGCAGCGUGGAUCUGAAACUCGCCAAGCUGCAGCUCUGCACCGAGUUCUGGGAGCCCUCCACUCUGGUCAAAGAGUGGCAGAAACUGAUAUUUUUACAUCCCAACAAUACAGCCCUUUGGCAGAAAUACCUUUUAUUUUGCCAGAGCCAGUUUAGCACCUUUUCCAUAUCAAAAAUUCAGAGUCUUUAUGGAAAAUGCUUGAGUACUUUGUCUGCUGUUAAGGACGGCAGCAUCUUGUCCCACCCUGAGCUGCCUGGCACCGAGGAGGCCAUGUUUGCCCUCUUUCUUCAACAGUGCCACUUUCUGCGGCAGGCUGGUCACUCCGAGAAGGCCGUCUCUCUGUUCCAGGCCAUGGUUGACUUCACCUUCUUCAAACCCGACAGUGUGAAAGACCUGCCUACCAAAGGACAGGUAGAAUUCUUUGAGCCCUUUUGGGACAGCGGAGAGCCCAGGGCUGGGGAGAAGGGCGCCCGAGGCUGGAGAGCGUGGAUGCAGCAGCAGGAGCGGGGCGGCUGGGUGGUCGUCAGCCCGGAUGAUGACGAUGAUGAACCGGAAGACGACGACCAGGAAAUUAAAGAUAAGACUCUGCCCAGGUGGCAGAUCUGGCUUGCUGCUGAGCGGUCCCGAGAUCACAGACACUGGCGGCCGUGGCGCCCUGAGAAGACCAAGAAGCAGGCGGAGGAAGACUGUGAGGACCCAGAGAGACAGGUGUUGUUUGAUGAUAUUGGACAGUCUCUGAUCCGACUUUCCAGCCCGGAUCUUCAGUUUCAGCUGGUUGCAGCCUUUCUGCAGUUCUUGGGUGUGCCUUCCAGCUUCAGCCCUCCGGCCUCCUGCCUCUAUCUGGCCAUGGAUGAGAACAGCAUCUUUGACAAUGGACUCUAUGAUGAAAAGCCCUUGACUUUUCUCAACCUUUCAUUUUCUGGCGUCAGCUGUGUCGGACGCACGGACCAGCUGGGUUGCUGGCACUGGACCAGGGGUCACAGUCGAGAGGGCGAGGAGUUCAUCCGCAGCAUCUUCCACCUCGUGAUGCCUUUGUUUUCAGGCAAGGAGAGGUCUCAGCUCUGCUUCUCCUGGUUACAGUACGAGAUUGCAAAGGUCGUUUGGUGUCUGCACACUAAAAACAAGAAGAGGUUAAAAUCACAAGGAAAGAACUGCAAAAAACUAGCCAAGAAUCUCCUUAAGGAACCAGACAACCGCAACAAUUUUUGCCUCUGGAAGCAGUACGCGCAUCUGGAGUGGUUGCUCGGCAACACAGAGGAUGCCAGAAAAGUUUUCGAUACAGCACUCGGCAUAGCAGGGAGCAGAGAACUGAAGGACCAUGAGCUGUGUGAGCUCGGUCUCCUCUACGCCGAGCUGGAGGUGGAGCUGUUGCCGGACGUGAGGGGGGCCGCCCCAGCCCGAGCCAUUCACGUAUUGACCGGACUGACCGAGAAUGGGGCCUACGGGCCCUACACCGGGCAAGUCUCGGCCGUUCACAUUUUGAAAGCUCGGAAGGCUUAUGAACACGCGCUGCAGGACUGUUUGGGGGAGAGCUGUGUCUCCGAUUCCUUUAGCCGCCUGAUUAGCCUGGUUAAAUGCUUUAUGCUCUUCCAGUAUUUGACCCUAGGGAUCGACGCUGCUGUGCGGAUAUAUGAGCAGGUACUUGCAAAACACCAGGUCUCUGUUUCCGCAGAGGGCCCUGGUCUGGAGGGCAGUGCCAGCCCGCAGAGCCUGAGCAGCGUCCUCGAGGCCGUCACCCUGACACACACGAGCCUGCUCAGGUUCCACACGAAAGUCGCCGUCUACCCGCUGGCUCCUCUGCGAGACGCUCUCUCGGAGGCUUUAAAGUUGUAUCCGGGCAACCAGGUUCUUUGGAGGUCAUAUGUACAGAUUCAGAAUAAGUCCCACAGUGCCAGUAAGACCAGAAGAUUCUUCGAUGCGAUCACCAGGUCUGCCAAACCCUUGGAGCCGUGGUUGUUUGCAAUUGAAGCUGAGAAAAUGAGGAAAAGACUAGUGGAAACUGUGCAGAGGGUAGACGGUAGAGAGGUCCACGCCACCAUUCCCGAGACCGGCCUGACGCAUCGGAUCAGAGCCCUGUUUGAAAAUGCGAUGCGGAGUGACUACGGCAGCCAGUGCCCCUUACUGUGGAGGAUGUAUUUGAAUUUUUUGGUUUCCUUAGGAAAUAAAGAAAGAAGCAAAGGUGUGUUCUACAAAGCACUUCAGAAUUGUCCUUGGGCAAAGGUGCUGUACCUGGAUGCCGUGGAGUACUUCCCCGAUGAGAUGCAGGAGAUCCUGGACCUGAUGACGGAGAAGGAGCUCCGGGUGCGCCUGCCGCUGGAGGAGCUGGAGCUUCUGCUUGAGGACUAGAGACCAGGAGGGGAGUGGGGCCUGCCUCCGAGGCCUCGGCGCCUGCCCCGUGGGAGCCAGGAGACACCAGAAGAGACGGUGACACAUGCGUGCGAGUGUGUUAAGACCUCUGCCUUUGGAGUUUCUUUCUUGAUAGUUUGUGUCUGGGUUAUUGGUCUCUCACCUCUUGCACAUUUUUUGCGUGUGCAAAUGACACAAAAGCCAUUGUUUUGCAUAUUAUAUAUGUAUGUGUAUAUAUGUGCAUAGACAGGAAUCAUGCUAAGUGAUAACUGAACCUGUCAUGGUUGGUGUGUGAGUUCUCGUUUGGUCCACUCUUCCCCUGCCCAGCCAGCGCCAGCCCUGCUGGGGUGAAUGUACCUUCUCGGUUGGCAUCCUUGGUGGUCCUGCCAGGUCUCCUGGGUCUUGCAGUCAAAAAAAAGGUCUGGUUACUCAACACUAGGACUUCCUCCCCUGGGCUGGUUAGCAGAGAUUUCGCCCUUAUCUUCAGACCAGAGCAGUGGGGAGUCGUUUAAAACUUGGUACUCUCACCUGUAUCAAAUGUGUUGAGUUCGCAUUACUCCCUGAACCCUAUUCAGUGACGUCCUCGACUGCGGCCUGAGCAGCCAGCGUCGCUUGGGAGCAAUGUAGACCCUCAGGCCCCUCCCCAGCCCUGCUGUCAGAACCUGGGCUCUAAUAGGACGCCCUGUUAGGGGACUCUGUGUGUACAUUACCGCAUAGAAAGCACCGCCUGAACAAAUAAGGACCCCGCUGCAGGGGAGCUCACCAGCAGCCACUGUCGUGGAGAAUGGAGCGAGCUCCUUCCUACCAAACCCAGCGCUGCCUGUGACACGGGCCGAAGGUGGCUUUCAGCGGUGUUGGCCACGCUCUCAUUCUGAUUGCCAGGAACUGAGUUACAUUUGACUGAGAGGAAAUUGCUUUAUCUUCUCUGAGGUCCUGCUUUUUAAAAAGUGGACAGCUUCUCUCUGGCUUUUUUCUUUUUUUUUAAAUCAUGCUCUCUAGAAUUGCUGAAAGCCUAUUUCCUUGGCACCUCAUCCUGAAAAGCCAGUGCUGUGGAAUAGAAUUUUGGCUAGAAAUCGAUGGACACUGGUUGGGAAAAAGCAGCAGAGGGCAGCACAGCUACAGCAGCGGUCCCCAACCUUUUUGGCACCAGGGACCAGGGACCGGUUGGUUUUGUGGAAGACGGUUUUCCCACAGAAGGUGGGGUGGGGGGGAGGGAGAUGGGGGAUGGUUCAGGCUGCAGUGCGAGCAAUGGGGAGCGGCAGAUGAAGCUUCGUUCACCUGCCACUCACCUCGUGCUGUUCGGCCCGGUGGUUCCUAACAGGGGGAGGCCUGGGGACCCCUGAGCUAGAGCACUUUCUAAAGAGCGUCUCGGAGCACCCAAGGAAGUUGGCCAACGAAGUGGAGGCUUUCCUUGAACUGCCCCACUUACAGGCUUUGAGAUAGAUGGAAUGGAACUGUUCUGAAACGAGAGAAGAGCAGGAAAUAAAGAAAGAAAGGGAAGGGGAAGCUUGACACAUUUCUGAACACUCUUGGGAGGGACCAGGUUCUGAACCCGAGAACAAGGGAGGGCAGGGCUGGUAUGGGACUCUUCGGCCCUGCCCUUUUGAGGCCUCUUGUAGGAGCCUCGGUCUCUUAGCAACAGCGACACCUCCUUCCUGCCUCCAGAGCGCUGAGAGCCCGCAUGCUCCACAGACCUUCCAAAAGGGAAGCCACGGCCGUAGGGACUCAGCCCUUGUUGCUUAAACAACGAAGAUAGCUGGCUAUUUACUUAUGAUCGUUGCUUUCCCAUCAGCUGCUGUUGAACAACUGCCACCAG